UAUAUUUCAAAAAUCUUUAAGACUCACUCAAGAGGCUCGCAAGAAUUUUCCAUCCGGAAAGUUAACAAACAUGAUCACGACAGAUACCAAUGCACUUCAGCAAAUCUGCCAACAACUUCAUGGAUUAUGGUCUGCUCCAUUUCGUUUUAUCCUGUCUAUGGUUCUCCUUUACCAGCAGCUUGGUGUUGCUUCACUUCUUGGACUGUCAAUUCUAGUUCUUAUGGUUCCUCUACAGAUCCUUCUCAUUAGCAAAAUGCGAAAAGUGACCAAGGAAGGACUGCAAUGGACUGACAAGAGAGUUAGCCUCAUGAAUGAAAUUUUGGCUGCCAUGGACACUGUGAAAUGUUAUGCGUGGGAGAAGAGCUUUCAAUCUCGAGUCCAGAGUGCACGACAUGAGGAGCUGUCAUGGAACCGCAAAGCAAACUUUCUAUCUGCUCUUAACAGUUUCAUCCUCAACAGCAUACCAGUUGUCAUGACAGUGGUUUCAUUUGGGACAUUCACUUUGCUUGGUGGAGAUCUGACACCGUCCAGGGCAUUUACGUCACUUUCUCUGUUUGCAGUGCUGCGAUUUCCUCUGGACAUGCUUCCCAAUUUAUUAAGUCAGGUUGUCAAUGCUAACGUAUCAUUACAACGUAUUGAGGAGCUACUCCUAGCUGAAGAGAGAAUUCUGGCAUCAAAUCCACCUCUUGAACCAGGGCUUCCAGCCAUCUCAAUUAAGAAUGGAAAUUUUUCUUGGGAUUCAAAGGCAGAGAAGCCUACAUUAUCAAACAUCAAUUUGGAUGUGCCAGUUGGCAGCUUAGUUGCAAUUAUUGGUAGAACUGGAGAAGGGAAAACAUCACUUAUAUCAGCAAUGCUAGGAGAGCUGCCUCCUAUGGCUGAUACAAGUGUUGUUAUUAGAGGAACAGUUGCUUAUGUUCCUCAAGUUUCAUGGAUUUUCAAUGCUACUGUACGUGACAAUAUAUUAUUUGGAUCUGGAUUUGAAUGGGAAAGAUAUUGGAAGACAAUAGAUGUUACUGAAUUGCAGCAUGAUCUUGACUUACUUCCUGGUCAUGAUCUCACAGAGAUUGGUGAAAGAGGGGUGAAUAUUAGUGGUGGGCAGAAGCAGAGAGUUUCCAUGGCAAGAGCUGUCUAUUCCAAUUCGGAUGUCUACAUAUUUGAUGACCCUUUAAGUGCUCUAGAUGCCCAUGUUGGACGACAGGUUUUCAACAAAUGUAUUAAGGAAGAGCUGCUAGGGAAAACCAGGAUACUUGUCACUAACCAGCUGCAUUUUCUUCCACAUGUGGACCGAAUUAUUUUGAUCUCUGAAGGUAUGAUUAAAGAAGAGGGAACUUUUGAGGAGCUCUCAAGAAAUGGCAAGCUAUUCCAGAAAAUGAUGGAAAAUGCAGGGAAAAUGGAAGAAAUGGAUGAACAAGGAAAAGAAAAUGAAGAAAAAAACUUAGAUGAGAUAAUCUCAAAAGACGCUGCUAAUGAUGUUGGUGAGAUGAAUGAUCUACCAAACCAUUCAAGACAGGGUAAAGGGGGAAAAUCUGUGCUUAUCAAACAAGAAGAAAGGGAAACAGGUGUUGUCAGUUGGAAUGUUUGGAUGAGGUACAAAGAUGCACUAGGAGGCCUAUGGGUAGUUAUGAUACUCUUUACAUGCUAUUUAUCAACUGAAGUUCUUCGAAUUUUAAGUAGCACCUGGUUAAGGGUCUGGACAGAUCAAGGCACUUCAAAGAAUUAUGAACCUGGCUUCUACAUACUCAUUUAUACACUUCUAGCAUUUGGACAGGUAGCUGUGACAUUGAUGAACUCCUUUUGGUUGAUCAUUUCAAGUCUUUGUGCAGCUAGAAGGCUGCAUGAUGCCAUGCUAAAUUCAAUCCUAAGAGCACCAAUGCUAUUUUUUCACACCAAUCCAAUAGGACGUGUGAUAAAUAGGUUUUCAAGGGAUGUAGAUGAUAUAGAUCGCCACAUUGCUAAUUUUAUGAAGAUAUUCCUCGGUCAACUCUGGCAGCUUCUUUCAACUUUUGCCCUGAUAGGCAUUGUGAGCACAAUUUCCUUAUGGGCCAUACUUCCACUUAUUAUCUUGUUUUACGCCGCCUAUCUAUAUUAUCAGAGCACAGCCCGUGAAAUAAAGCGGUUGGACUCCAUUACCAGAUCUCCUGUUUAUGCACAAUUUGGAGAAUCGUUAAAUGGUUUAUCAACAAUCCGUGCAUACCAAGCUUAUGAUAGGAUGGCCAACAUUAAUGGGAAGUACAUGGAUAAUAACAUGAGAUUCACUCUUGCAAGUACCAGUUUGAAUCGUUGGCUUGAUACAAGAUUGGAAACAUUAGGAGGUGUCAUGAUUUGGUUGACAGCUACCUUUGCAGUUAUGCAGAAUGGAGGAGCAAAGAAUACAGCAGCAUCUGCAUCAACAAUGGGUCUGCUUCUUAGUUAUUCUUUAAACAUCACUACUCUUUUGAGUGAUGUCCUAAGAUUAGCAAGUAAGGCUGAGAACAGCUUAAAUGCUGUGGAGCGUGUGGGCACAUACAUUGAUUUACCUUCAGAAGCUCCAGAUGUAAUUGAGAGCAAUCGACCACCAGCUGGGUGGCCUUCAUCAGGAUCAGUUAAGUUUGAGGAUGUUGUCCUACGUUACAGGCCUGAACUUCCUCCAGUUUUGCAUGGAUUAUCCUUCACUAUUUCUCCAAGUGAGAAGGUUGGGAUUGUGGGAAGAACCGGUGCAGGAAAAUCAAGCAUCCUAAAUGCAUUAUUUCGGAUUGUAGAAGUAGAAAAAGGAAGAAUCUCAAUUGAUGAUUGUGAUCUUGCUAAAUUUGGACUAACAGACCUAAGGAAGGCUCUUAGUAUCAUACCACAAUCACCAAUUCUUUUCUCAGGAACUGUGAGAUUUAAUCUUGAUCCAUUUAGUGAGCACAAUGAUGCUGACCUGUGGGAGGUGUUGGAACGGGCACAUUUAAAGGAUGCCAUCAGGAAGAAUCCUUUUGGUCUGGAUGCUCAGGUUUUGGAGGGUGGGGAGAAUUUUAGUGUUGGGCAGAGGCAACUAUUAAGUCUUGCUCGAGCAUUGCUGCGGAGAUCAAAGAUUCUUGUUCUUGAUGAAGCAACUGCUGCUGUUGAUGUUAGGACUGAUGCUCUUAUCCAGAAAACCAUUCGGGAAGAAUUUAAAUCCUGCACGAUGAUCGUUAUUGCUCAUAGACUAAAUACAAUCAUUGACUGUGAUCGGAUUGUUGUGCUUGAUGCUGGUCAGGUUCUAGAGAAUGACACUCCAGAGGAACUGUUAUCUAAAGAAGAAAGUGCCUUCACAAAAAUGGUUCAAAGUACCGGACCUGCAAAUGCUGAGUACUUACGUGGGUUAGUUUUCGGAUGUCAAGAGGGCAAGUUGAGCAGAGGAGAGACUAAGAGGAUGGAUGGAAAGAGGAAAUGGCUAGCUUCUUCCCGCUGGGCUGCUGCUGCUCGGUUUGCCCUAUCUGUCAGCCUUACUUCCUCACAGGGCGAUCUUCAAAGUUUGGAUUUUGAAAAUGAGAAUGAUAUCCUCAACAAAACAAAAAAUGCUGUCAUAACACUGCAAGAUGUUUUGGAGGGGAAGCAUGAUAACCACAUAGACAAUGCACUACAGCAGUGCCAAGUUACAAGUGACAGUUGGUGGUCAGCUCUCUAUAGAAUGAUUGAAGGUCUUGCUGUAAUGAGCAGGUUGUCUCAGCAAACCAGGCUUCAACAAUCUGAGUACAAUUUUGAAGACAGACCACUGAAUUGGGAUGACUGUCAAACGUAGGAGACAAAUGGUUUAUAUGCAUCAAAGGAAAAUUUGUGCCAUAGACGACACUUCUAUGAUAUGUAAUAAAAUCACCACUUGACAGAUAAGAUUCUGAUGCUUUCGGUCUUUCUGUUAAUAUGGUUAGAAGGGUGUGAGUGUUAUGAACUUAUGAGACAUUUUGAGCAGUGGCUCAAAAAUAUGGUUUUUCACUUGAUUUCUAGUCUUUUGUUUUUCAUCAUAAGAAAAAUCUGCAAUAAUACAUUUUAUUUUACUUA